CUGGUUCAAAAGGAGGACGGUUUGAGCGCUAACGACUGCAGUUUGGUUUGUGUUGGUUUGGACAGUCGGUCGGUUGUCGAAUAAAACACUUGAGAUAAUGGCCGAAAGAGACAUCGGUGAUACUAGUGACCGCUACGAAUUUGACGCCCCGUCCCAGGUGGUGGACCUGGUUGAACUGGAUAAUGCCACAAACCAAGACGAGUGGUUUGAACAACGGAGCAGUGGAGCUGAUGGCCACCUUAAAACUCCUCUGAGGCCAGACGAAGCCUUCAGAAGAAGCCAUGCAGCCAACCUGCCGAGAGCCGUUGUAGCUCCUCAAGUCAAGACAGACGAGCAUGCUGGACCUAGUACAUCUACAUCUCCACCUCCAAACCUGGUCACGUCCUGGGGUGCUGGAUCUCCUGCUCGGACUGGUGCGCGACCAAAGAGGACAUCAAAUCAACCCCCUGCUGAACCACGCAGGGUUUCAAAACGUAAAGAGAUGACUAGCGGUCCAGCUUCACCACCAUCAAAGAAACACAGAAAAACUCCUGUUGGACGAAAAUCUACGAGUGUCAUCCGCGGCAAGGGGCGGCUCAAUACCAGGAAUGACCCCAAGGCCAUGGUGGCAUCUUCCGCAACUGCAAACAAGGGGCCAACUGGAUCUGAAGAACAGGAGCUGGAGCGCAUCAGGAACCUCCAAAAAGAAGUUGCUCUGCAUCGUAAGAAGAAUGAAGCAAGCUACAAAGCUGCUUUGGCUGGCAAUCCACCACCAAAGAAGAUGGUCCUGUCAGCGACUGUGCCCAAAGAAUUCCACUUCAACACAAACACUCGUGUUAAAGCAACCACUGCCUCCAACGCAGUCCACAAGGAAGUGGACUUUAUCAGUCAGCUUCGCAAGCCCUCCUCCCCAGCAAAGGCUUUGAAAGGUGCCACAGUGGCCAAACCCUUCAAUCUGUCGACAAGCAACAAGAGAGAGGCGGGGGAGCCAGCUGCCUACGUGCCCAUGGCUCAGCAGAUAGAACAGUUCCAGAAACGAACCCCUGACCGCUACCAUCUGCGGAGUCGCCAGAGCCGAGAGAAAGGGCCAUCUGCAGGAAAGGGUUAUAGGCCAAAGCUCACCCAGCCUCACACCCCACACCUGAUGACCCGCAAGAGGGGCCGGCCGGCAACUGUUAAGAGCCAUGCUGAACUGGAGGCUGAAGAGGUGGACAGACUUCAAAAGUUUAAGAUCAGUGCCCUGGAGCUGAACAGGAAAAUAUUAGAAAGUGCAGAAUGCCUGAAGAAGCCAGUCGUGAAGGAACCCACUGUACCUGAAGGCUUUGAGCUGCAAAUUGAAAAAAGGCUCCAUGACAGACAGGCCACCAAGAGGCCUCAGGAAGGAGAAGAGAAGCCACACACCUUUAAAGCUCAGCGUCUUCCCAAAAAGAUCCUGGAAGGAGUAGUGGGUUUGCCUGAGAAGAAAGUUCUGCAACCUACUGUGCCGGAGUCUCCAGCUUUCGCCCUUAAGAAGAGGGUUCAUCUAGAGACCAAGGUGGAGGAAGUAAAACGGCCCUCACCAAUUAAGGCCCCCCCGGUGCCUCAUUUUGGCCUCCCCUUUCAGCCCCAGUUACAAGAGAACCACCAGGUGGAAGUUUGUCCUUUCUCCUUUGAAGAGCGUGAUCGGGAGAGGAGGGCACUGAAAGAGAAGAGGCUCGAAGAGAUGCGAAAUGGAGAGGUACAACAGUUCAAGGCCCAGCCACUGCCAGACUUCGACUCUGUGGUUCUCCCUGAGAAAAAGAAGCUUGAGCCCACAAAGCCUGAACCUUUUAGACUGCUACUGGAUGAACGGGGAGCUGUGAGGAACACUCGCUUUGAACAGAUGGUGAAAGAAGAGCAGAAACAGGAGGAAAUGGCAGUAUUCAAAGCCAGGCCCAACACAGUCACUCAUAAAGAGCCCUUCCAACUGAAAAAGGAGCCCCGGGCUGCAGUGGUUGUGGAGGCCUUUGAGCUGUCGACAGAGCGGCGGGCCCGGGAGCGGCAGGAGUUCGAGCGGCUGGCCAGUGAGAAGGAGGCUUUUAGGAUGCUCAUGGAGGAGGAGCAGAGACGAGAGGAGGAGCAUCGGGACAAGGAGCAAAUUGCCAAGAUGCGGCAAGAACAGGUUCACAUUGCUCAACCCAUCAGACACUACAAACCUGUAGUAGUGAAGAAGAGUGAAGUUCCUCCCACAGUUCCCCAGUCACCAAACUUCUCUGACCGUUUCCGCUUGUGAUCAGCCGGCCUCAUUUAACUCUAUAAAUUGUGCAUAUUUACAAGUGUUUUUAAUUUUUUUUUUAAAUCUGAUCUUUACAUCUUCGUCUUGUUAGUCUGUAGAAUACUGCCUUCGAAGUUCAAAUGACUGAAGCUCUUUUCAGUUCCAUGUUGGGCUUUAGUGUGACCAAAUGCUAUAAACUCAUUCUCUCACCUUUCCAUCUUAACAAAGAAAGCAACUUAUACAUUGUGUUCAGUGUCUUUCUCGCCCAUACAUUAUUUACUUUAUUUACUUAUGUAACUUUUAUGUAUCUUUUAAAUAAAGGUUUUCAAAUGUGA